UUCCUAAUAUGUAAUUCAAAAAAUUUAAAGAUUCCACGCUCAAAUUCAUGAUCAAAAUUAAACUGUUUGACUCUCGAAAUUCAAAAUGUGUUAUAUAAAUUCGCACCUUCAGAAUAAUUAAAACUGUUCAUAUUUUCUCAAUUUAAAAUAAAAUCCAAUAUGUAUACCUUGUCUUUCCCCAACACAAUCUAAUGUACAUGAAAUGAAAAUGCAAAUGAAGGACUUACACAAAAGUGCGCGAGAACAGAAAAAAGAAAAAGAAAAUGUGAUGAGAAUUGAAAGGAAAAAAGCAAACAACGUGACAUCAACGUAGGCCCCACUCAACUACCACAGCCUAUAUAAACCCCCACACUCCCAUUUCCUCUCCUCACAAAACAAACACCAUUAACGGCUUUCUCUCAGUUUCUCCCACUCAGUUUUCACACGUUCUAAAGCAGAAGUACAAGCAAUGAAGCGAAAGUUACAACACACAGAAGCAUCAUCACUUCAUCAACCGGCUGUGAAGAAACAGCUUCGAUCAAAGUUACCUCGCCGUAAACGAUCAUAUAUCUCUCCAAUAAUUCUACGUUCAUUCUCUAUUUCAAUUUCGUCUCACUUAACUAGUGAAAUUUCACGUGAUUCGAGUAAAAGUAAUUCUGUUAAUAAGCGUGAAAUUGAAGGAGAAAAUGAAUUUCGUAGAGUUACUAGAGCUUAUUUCAGAAAAAAUCAGAAGAAUAAGGAUGAUGCUGACGUGGAAUUAUCGGAAUGCUCUUGUGUUGAUUCGUGUACUUCUCAAUUCAUUGGAAAAAUCACAAAAAAUGAAGAUCCAGUUGAAAUUGAGGAUUCUGAUGCAAUUUCGACAUUAGUGAAAGUUUCUAGUGAUUUUUGCGAUAAAAUAUCAAAAUCUGAAAGCGAUGUUGUUGAAGGAACUGCGAUAAUCAACGACGAAGUAAUUCACAUUUCUACUGAAUUCACUAAGAGAAAUGCAAAAGACAUUGAAGAAACUGAGGAUUCUGAUGCAAUUUCAACGUUUCUCAAAGCUUCUAGUGAUUUUUCCAGUAAAAUCUCAAAAUCUGUAGUUGAAGGAACUGCAAAAAUCAACGACGAAGAUGUCGUUUCAUUCAAUUCAGCAUUACAAUCACCUUCUGAAUCGAAAUGUGGAAAUUUAUCAGUUCAAACAAUCAAAUGUACUGAAAACAGAGCAAUCGAAGAAGAUAUCGAGUCUGAAGUUUCAAAAUUAUCUGCUGCAACACAUGCACAUGAUAAGCUCAAUGGAAGCGCAGCAUUUGAUCUACAAUGUUCUGAAAAUUUCUCAAUCAAAUGUAGUGAAAACAGAGCAAUUGAAGAAGAUAUCGAGUCCAAAGCUUCACUAGUAGAAUUAUCUGCUGCAACACAGGCACAUGAUAAGCUCAAUGGAGACGCAGAAUUUGAUCUAGAAUGUUCUGAACAAGGUGAAAACAGAGCAACAGAAGAAGAAAUCAACUCUGAACAAGUUUCAAAAUUAUCUGGUGCAACACAUGCACAGGAUAAGCUCGAUGCUCAUGCAGAAUUUGAUCUAGAAUGUUCUGAAAAUUUCUCAAUAAUUGAUGUCUCUGAUGACUACUAUUCAUCAGCUUAUUCGGAUAUUUUUCCAGAAAGUUCGGAUAUAGAUCUAUCGGAUUAUAGUCCAUCGUAUUGGUAUGAAUCUGGAAGCCAAUUUUCUGAGAAAUCGAAUGUAGAUGCUACUCCUUCACCUACUUUCACGUUGUUUCUUCGGUUCAGUCAACAGUUUUGCAGAUCAACUGUUGCUUUGCAAUCUAAUCGUGUAAACUCAUCGGAAGAUCAUAUUUCUACUGAAUUCACUGGAUUGGAAAAUGAAGAGGAUGAAGAGAGCUAUAGGAUGAUAAGGAACAGAGAGAGGAGACAAUUGUAUCUACACGAUUAUGCCGAGGAAUACUGUUCCACAACGGACUACGGCGAUUUAGUCGUACAGCAACGGUUGCAAAUGGUUCAUUGGAUACUUGAGCAAGCUACGAGGAAGGACCUUCAGAAGGAGACCAUGUUCUUAAGUGUCAACCUCUUUGACAGAUUUUUAAGUAAAGGGUACUUCAGAACCAAAAAAUGCCUUCAAAUUGCUGGCAUAGCCUGCCUUACUCUGGCAGUCAGGAUAGAAGAAAACCAGCCGUUCAACAGCAUUCGUCAGAAGACAUUCGUUGUUGCAGGCACUGCAUAUAGCUGUUCUGAAGUGGUGGCUAUGGAGUGGCUGGUGCAGGAGGUCCUCAACUUCCAGUGCUUUCUUCCAACAAUAUACAACUUCUUAUGGUUCUAUCUUAAAGCUGCUAGAGCUGCUGAAUAUGUGGAAAGGACAACUAAAUACCUGGCAGUACUAGCUUUGCUGGGUCAUGAGCACUUGUGCUACAGACCAUCAACUGUAGCAUCUGCACUGGUGAUUCUCGCUUUAUCAGCUGCCAAUCUUUAUGCCUCCUGCCAUUUGGUUACAAAGACUCAUGCCAAAAUAAAGGACGAAGAUUUACCUGAAUGCAUAAAGAGCUUGGAAUGGUUGGUGAAGUACAUAUGAUAUGAAGGUGGACCAGCAUCUCAGUCAUUCUUCUCAUAUUUUGGAGUCAAUCGGUUUAUCUUCUCAUUCUUUUGCUGAAAUUUUUUCUUAGUCUUUUCUCAAAGUCACGGGUAAUAAAUUCAAGAUAUUCUCUUGAAGUUUGAUCAAGUGAUGCUUAAUUUCAUUAUUUUGUCCUUGUAACACUACCAAAUAUACACUUUAUGUCUACUGUCCUUACCAGGAAACAAGAUGUAGAAAGAACUUAAAGCCACUCUUGUAUUCAGUAACGCCUUGUAUCCAAAAGUAUCAAUGACAAUAAACAAUGAUUUUAGCUGAUAAAGAAAAUUUGUGAUCUAUGUUGAACUCAAA